AUGGCAUUUUGAUUUUCUUCAACCCGUGCUUUUUUUUUAUAUUUCUUAGCUUUUUUCGAAUGAAGCUCUUUUUGGGUUAAUUUUGUUGAAGGAGCUCUAGAAUGCUCAACGAGUUACUUUGAGGAAUGCUAUGAUUUCAUGGGUUUCUGCUAUGGUCAGUGCCCAACACUUUGAGAUGUCUCUACUGACGGAUUAAAUGUAUGCAUAGAGCCUGAUGCAACUAAAAGAUUAAUUUUUAAUUUUCAAACGACCUCAAGUAUUAUUGGUGACUCGAAUUCUCCAAAUAUUUACACUUUCACUGGACCUGAUAUUAUAAACAACCCAUCGAAUUUACCAACGCCUGGGUACCAACGUGGACUUUAUUUUGCGAAUUCUAAUCAAAUUCUCUCUAAAAAGUCUGGCAGUUUUUACCUGUCUUUUUACACAACUUGAAUUUUUUGGGCAAAAAUUGAAGCAGUUGGAUAUUUACUAAGAAAAAUGGAUAUUAACUCAGAUUUCACCACUUAUUUUAAAGUAUCAAGCAUCUGAGGUGUUUCCUACAGAUUUGAAUAUGCACGAAAAGUGUGCAAAGAUCAAAUGACUUCCUAUGCAACUUUAAGCGCAGACAUUCCAAAUAACUCAGAUUGAAAUCUGCUUAAAAUUGAAGAUUUCGAAAAAACUGGUGCAUAUAGGGGAACUGGGCACAUCAUAAAUUUAUGAAUAAAUAAUACUUUGGUGUCUAGUAGUGAUGUGACAACGAUUUAUUAUUUUUUAGAUGAGGCUAAUAACUAUGAUUUAUCAAUUGGUGGAAUUACUGGGUGAAUUUAUGAAUUUAUAUAUAUAUCUUGAUGAUUUGGAAAUUGCAAUUGCAUAUCAGAUUUUGAAGCUAUAAGCUAUUAUAAUUAAAUUAAAUUAAUGCAGUAUAUUCCAACAAAAGAUAACCGUGCGUGGCCUGGAGAUUAUAUUGAAAAUUUUUUUAACUGUCCAAAAUCUCUGGGCGCAUGUCUGAUUUCUUGCAAGGUAAAUGAAUUUUAUGAUGAAACGACUGAUAAAUGUGUUGCUUGUGAUAGUAAUUGCAAUUAUUGCUUAAGAUCUGGGUAUUGUGGGCUUUGCAAUAAAAAUUGUGAAGGUACUUGCAAAGAUUCUGGUAUUAUUGAUGGCUGCGAUGCAAAUUUUUGUCCUGCAGAUGCAGUAAUGAAUAAGGAUACAUGCAUAUGCAAUGAUAAUACGUUUUACUACGAUGAUAAUUUAAAUAUAUGCGUUAAAUGUGGAAUGUAUUUAACUAAUAAUGAUAUUUCUGCUGGGUUUUCGUAUGAUUAUUUGAAAAUUUUAUUUAAUUUCACAGUCUCAUCAGCUGGAUCAACUAGCGGAUGCAGCAAUCUAUUUGAUAAUUCAGUAUCUUUAACAUUUGGUCUAAAUCCACGCUGUGAAUUUAAUGCUGACUUUUCUCAGUUAUUAAUCACUUUAGGUUCAAAUUAUAAGGCUGGAGACAGUGCUAUUAAUUUUAAAAGUGGGGCUUUAAAGACUAAAAAAAAUACUUGCUUAGAAGACCCAAUUCAAUUAUCUAUGCCAAUAUCUUUGCCUUUGAAUUCUCCAACACCAAAAAUUAUUAUGAUUGCUCCUCCAGAAAUUUUAACCUCAUGCCAAAGUCUCAUUUUUAGCGGCAUUACUGAUCCUGGUCUUUCUUAUGAAGAAUAUAGUUGGAAUUUUUUUUCGGAUGAUUUAGGCUCUAUAAUUUCUACACAUUCAACGCCAUAUAGUUCAAAAUUUGAAAGCGUCACUAUUCCACAAAAUAUUUUAAAUGAAGGAACAAUCACAGCUUCUUUAUUUAUAAAAAACCCUUUUAAGGUUAUAGAAAAAACUCAAAAAAUAAUUUUAAACUCAACCCCUAAGAUCGUCAUAAAUUUUGAUUCUUUGAUACCCAAAACCAUUUCAAGGCUUAACUCUUACUCAUUAUCAAUAAGCUCGAUUUGAGCCUGCAGUGAAUUUUCAGAAAAUUUAAAAAUUAGUUGAUCUAUAACGUCAGUAAGCAACAAUUUGACAAGUAUUGAUGAAAGAUCAUUGUGAGAAAAUAAUAAAUCAUCUAAUAUUCAAUUAAUCAUUCCACCAAAAGUAUUGCCAGGAUUAACAGAAAUUACAUUCCAUGUGCACGGAUAUGAUUAUAUGAGCGAUCUUGAAGGGGAUGCAGAUUUUACAAUUAAAACAGAUUCUAAUGCACCCGUUAUUUUGUUUAAUAGAACAGAUGGGCAAAUAGGGGUUAAUCAGCAAUUAAUUGUUGAUGGAAGUAGCUCUUAUGAUCCUGAUGGGGCAGGCUCCACUAUGCUUUAUCAAUGAGUUUGUAUUACAAAUUCUAUUGGCUGCUCUAAUUUCAUACAAGAUAGUACAUCAAAAAAAUUGACUGUACCUGAAAAUUCACUAUCAAUAGGCGAAAUUUAUAAUUUCACUCUUACAAUAAAUAAGGUUGUAUGAGGCUCUGGAUCUUUAAUUAAAACAUCAUCAAAGUUUAUUAUCAUAUAUUGUAUUCAAGAAUCGGUACCAGAAAUAAAUAUUUAUGAAAUUACUCAAUAUUUUGGUAGGCCAAAUUCAAAUUGAGCUUAUAUUAUAGGAAUGACUUUAGCUUGAUCUAGAAUUUAUAGAACAUCAAAAUGAUAGUCAGCCUCUUCUUUAGGUAAGCAUGGCCCAGCUAGGAAAAGUACUUCCUCAAAUAAGUGUUUGGCCUUUAUAUACCCAGCUUUAAGGCUGGCUUAAUGUUUCGCGCCAUCUCCAGACUCUCAUAUGAACCAUUUAAAAUAUUUCCUGUCCUGAAUAAAGCUUCUUAGGCUCGCGUGCAGGAGAGAUAGAAAUCUCUUUUCUUUUUCUGCUUUGGUCUCUGAGGUAGUUAAUAAAAUUUUAUGGUCUUAGGCAUGUGCUAUGCCUUUGAAAAAUUAAGUGUUAGGUCGUGUCAGAGGCAGUUGAGCCGAAUGCUAGCGUACUAAGGCUCAAAGUCUUCAGGAGCCAGCUAGUACCAUAGAGUAUAUUUCUCUUUUAAUUCCUAAGCCUGAUGAAAAAGUACUGAAACUUACAAAUUUUAAGAGCCAUUUAGUAAACUAUAGUUAGCAUUGCUAACUAUAUAACUUGUGUAAGCUAUAGCUGCUUGUGUACUAUAUCGUUUAGGUAUUAAAGAAGUAUCUUCUACUACGAAAAUUUUAUGAUCCUCAAUAAAAGGUCCAUCAAUUGAUGUCGCUACUCCUUUAAGUAGUGCUGCACUAGCUAUAAAAGAAGGAUCAUUAAUCCAAGGCCAAUCAUAUACUUUACAAGUAUUUAUAAACGAUAAAUUUCCAUUUACUUGAUCAUUUAAUGUAAAUCGAAAUCCAAGUGAUGGAUAUUUAAAAAUUAUUAUUAUUGAUUAUGAAUAAUUAAUUAUUUAUUAUUUUAUUUCGAAAAAUAUAUCGCCCUAGUAUAAAGCUUUUAUUCACAAAAAUAGGUAUAUUCCAGAUAGUGGAAUUGAAAUGAAUACAAUUUUUACAAUUGCGGCAUUAGAUUGGACUGAUCCUGAUGGCGAUUUUCCCCUUCAGUAUUCAUUUGGAUAUCAUAUAAACAAUAUUUUUCAAGCACUUAAUGCCAAAAACCUUAUUUCAAUAUUAUAUUCUCAGUUUCCUUAUUCUCAUAAAGAUAUUAUAAUUUAUGCUAAUAUUUAUGAUUCUUUAUCAGCAAAGAUCUCACUCCUCUGAGAAUAAGGAAAAAUAUCUUAAUUAGCAUGAUUUUUUUAUAUAUAAUUUACUGUAUAUAGUAUUUUUUAAAUUUAAGAGUAUUUAUAUUAAACUCCUGUUAAAAACCUCUAAUUUUUUUUGGAUUAAAUUCCUAAUGUUAUUUUUUCAUAUUAUCAAAAAAUAAUAUAAAAGCGUAUACACUUAUACAUAAUGGAAGAAUUUUCCAACUAUAGAACUAAAUUCCAAUGUGGAGCAAUUUAUUCAAGAAACUCUAAAAAACAUAGGCUCAAAAAAACAGGCUAAAAAAUGAACCAAAUAAAAGGGCAAAAAAAUUGUAGAUGAAAAAAAAGCAAAUAAAAUAGGUAAAAAUAGUCGUUAUGAAAUAUUGGUUGUGUGAAGGAAUAAAAAAAAUUAUCUUUUGGAGAAGAAGUAUUUAGCUAAUUUUAAGAUAUCUUUAUCAUUACAGCAAGACUUAAAUACAGAUGAAGCCGUCUAUAAUAUUACUCAGCAAAUCUUUUCACCCGCUACACCACCAUCAUCAAUUCCUUUAUAUGUUUCUCAAAUUGCAGAACUAUCACCUAAUAGGCAAUAUAUACUAGAAAACAACUAUUCACAAAUAAAUCAAAGUAUUCAAAAUUCGUAUGAUAUUGCAUUAAAUGCAAUAUUUCAUUAUACAGAUUCAAUGAAUCCUUAUGAUCCUGACUCAGCUGAAGCUGUAGGAACAAUGCUCAACUCAAUAACUCAAAACCCUCAUAUAAGCACCCUAGAUAACAUAAAAAGAGUUGAUGAUGCAAUUGGAAAUCUCCAAGCCAAAAUAUAUGGGAAAAGUAACCUUCAUGAUGAAGAAAUUCAAACUCUUGUCGACGUUUCUAAUAACAUUUUUCAAAUUAAAAGUGAUUUUCUGGAAAAUCAGACGGAUUCUAUAAAAGAAGUCGACAACACAAUGAGUAAAAUCAAUGCUAUGGCAUUAGAAAGUAUGGUAGUACAUGAGCAAAAUGAUUUUUUUAGUGAAAGAAUAGAAUCAAAAGUUUCAAUUCAAUAUACAGAUGAUUUAAAAAAUUUUACAGAAACUGUAAAAAAUUCCUCAAUUAUAUUGAGUCAUAAUAUAAAUGAUUUUUUAUACAAGAAACCCCUUGUUGGGACAAGCUUCAUAAAUUAUGAUCCAAUUCCAAGUGAAGAAAAUGCAUUAGCAUUAACAUUAGCAUUAGAUUAAUAGCGCUUAACAUCCCUUACGGAGUUUACCGUUCCCAGGUCUAUCACUUACCUUUCGGCGCAUCGGGCCAGCAGGCCUCUGUGCCGAUCUGCUUUGUUGCUCCAAGGUGCGUCUAGGGCAAACGUUGCCGGCUUCGACGGCUCAUGGAUGAGCUAUUUGCUUGUGAGCAUGGGUUGCCUUUCCGAAAAUUCAUAAAAAAUGGAUUUUCUGGUCGGCUGUCGGCAAAAAGGAAAAAACACGUAGCCUAGGACGUAACGCCUAGUUUCACGCUAGGGAAUUGUCCGAUUGGUCUUAAGGACUUUGCUGAGCUUCCCCUUUCCAACUUCCGUGCCCUCCUUUCCCACGAGGAAAAAACCACCUCUGAAAGUAGACUUGGGCUAGGCUCUUUACACAACCAGAAUUGCUUACCUAGCAUUGCUGUCCAUCUCUGAAAUGGCAAAACCUUGCCGGAUAUAAUUAAAAUAUGAGUCGAGGCUGUAUGGCCGGGAGGCCAUACCCAGACAAAGACGCCAUAUUUUAAUUAUAAUUAAAGAAAAUGCAACUUUGUCUAUUAUUUCAUUCAACCUGAUAGAUCUUUCUACUUCAACACCAAUUCCUUUAAACAAUAUUAGUAAUCAAACAAUAUAUUUUUUUAGAAGAAUGAAGCUUAAUAAUAUUUUUCAAAUUAUAUAAUAUCUAAAUUAAAUUAAUUUUACUUUUUAUUAAUUACGCUGAUGGUUUAAAUAAAAAAAGCAUAAUUCUUUCUGCAUCAAAUUUUGACCCAGAAAAAAUCUGAUCGUCUCCAUAUCCACCUAAUAAAUCUAGCCAAAACUCUACCUCAAGUAAUGGAACUAUUAUUUAUACAUUAAACUGUAGUUAUUUAGAAGAUAAUGACUGGAAAACUGAACACUGCAAGUUAGAAUCAUAUAACAAAACUAAUGUAAAAUGUAAAUGCACCCGCUUACUUCCCUUUAAUUUAAAAGGGAUUAAUUUUAUUAAAAAAUUUUUAUACCUAAAAUAUCAGCCAUAUUAUUUUGAUAUUAAUUUAUGUUUUACAUGGAAAUUAAUCCAUCAAAUUUAUGCUUUAAAUUGUCAACUUUGUUUUAAUAGUAUUCUACUUAUACUCCUCUAUAUAAAGCAAAAGAAGAUAUAUAUAAAUUUGGUAAAAAUUAACCCCAUAUAUUAAAUUUUGUUUUAAAGCCAUUAAUUAUUUACUUUAACAUUUCCAUUACAAAUUUACAAAUUAUUCUAAUUUAAUAUGAGCUAAUUUCCUAAAAAUUGAUUAUAGCUUAUAAUUUGUUCUAAUUUAAGUAGGAGAUAGGUAUAUUUACAGCGAUGGUUAAAGCAAUAUGAAUUUCCUUUGCAGACAAUAACGCAGGAGACAUCAUUGAUGCAAGCGCCCUUUUAGAUAUUGACUGAGAUAAUGCAAUAGGACUAUAUUUUUGCGUCGGAAUAUUAGUUUUCCAUUCAAUUUUGUCUAUGAAAACUCUUAAAAUGGAUUGACUUGAUGAAAGCAUAGAAGAUUUUAUCGAUACAGAAAACCCUUCUAAUCCUAUUGUGCGGCCUGAUGAAUCAAUUGUAAAUUAUUAUUUGAGAAACCAAACUAAUGAAAAUAACGUCACAGUAGCUAUUGAAGACACAAAAUCAGAUGAUCUAAAAGCAAAAGAAAAUAAUAUAUAUCAGUAUGUAGGAGUAAAAUCAGUCUUAAGUGAGCAUGAAUUUAUUAAGAUUUUUUUACCUCAUAAAGAAUAUUCUCAUUUUUCUCUCGCCACAAUUUACAGCACUUUACUUUUAGGAAAUAUGUUUUUUAUAGGACUUUUUUAUCAAAAUAAUAAUUCUGAUACAGAAUGAACCUUUAAUUUAAAAGAAUUAAUGGAAAAUUACGAUUUUAGAGAUUUUUGGGCAAGUGUAUAUGCAACUUGUUUUACCUUUGUACUUGGAAUAAUAUUAAAUUAUUUAGCCAAAAUGGAAGAAAUUGACUAUGAAUCUAUGGAAGACUCUAAAAUAAAAAAUGUAAAAAGAAUGAAUAAAAUUAAAAGCAUUAUUUUUUAUCUUCUAUCAUAUUGGCUUAUGAUUUUUUUCUGCUGGUCAAUCAUUUUAUUUUCAGUAAAAUUUGACUUUGGUAUUUCUUGCAAAUGGAUUUAUAAUACAGUAUUGAACUUUGCAGUGGAUAUUUUAUGUGUAGCAUUUAUUAGGAUAGCUAUUAAGCUUCUUACUUUCUGGAUUUUAGCAAAAAUUUGGAAGAUGAUAAAAUCAUCAAAAUUGAAGAAAAAUAUUAUGAAAAAUCAUACAAGUAUUAUAGAUUCUAAUCUUUCAGAGAAUCAAGGUUAUGACAAUUCAAAACAUUUAAAUUUAAAUUAA